AUGGGCGGCCAGCUGAGUAAACAGUUUCGCGAGGCAGUAGCAGACAAAACGUGCCGUGAUAUAUUGCAUCCCGAACAAACCUGUAGCGCCGCCUGGUGCACAUUCUUCGUGGAAGGUGUACUGGGAGGCGUACGCCACUAUCUACCAGCUGUUGUAACACCGAUGCUGUUCCGAAUGCGGCAGUGGAACGAUCCUGAAGUGUGGCAAAACUUUCUACGGCAGUAUGCACGUUGCAUCUUGGCCGGAUUACCAAUGACGGGUGGCAGCUUCCUGGCCUUCUGUCUCUUCUACAAGUGUAUGGAUCGCUUUCCUCCGGCCUGGUUUGUGCUGAUACCUUCGCUAGCGGGUGGUUUGACAGCGCACUAUCUGCCGCGCCACAUCGUUCGUGCUCAGGGCGUCGGUUUGUUCAACAUGUACAUAGAAUUUCUUAUAAGACGUGCCCGCAGUCCGCUGGUUGCUUACCUUCGGUCCUCCCGCACGUGCGCAACAGCGACCUUCGCUGCGCUCAGUGCCGGCAUCAUGGCGGCCCGGCAGUGCUUGCAGCUGGACCGGUUCUGGUUCGCCCGCACCUAUCCGGACGCUAACUGUGCCGGGGGACAUGUCGCGCCGGACGGAAGGGCUCACCAUCCGCCCACCACCUGUCAGCAGCACAUCCUCACCGCGAUGAUGCGUUCGGUGUACCUCGGAUUGGCGAUCGGCUUGGUAAAGAACUUUCUUCCCCGCAUGCCAAUGCUGUUUACCGAUCCGCUAGCGCUUGGGCGACUGCUGCUAGCGCGGUUCGAUUUCGGUCUGUUUGGGUUCAUCACGUGCUACAAAACCAUCUAUGAAGUCGUCAACUGUGGGCUGGCAAUGCGAAAAUUGCCGAAAAUCGGUUGGCGUCCUUCGCCCACCGUUCGCAGCUCGAUCGGAGGCCUUUGCGCCGGGUUGGCUUACUAUUGCUUUCCGAACUAUUUGCUGUUUACUUUCUCAAUCACGGAGCUGGUAGAGCUGUGCUGGAUCGUGUAUAUGCGUGCGGAACGGUUCGCCAAGUGCGGUGCAGUACGCUGGCUGGACAAGAAGGUGCCUGUUUCGAUACUGCUGUACACUGCCAGCUUGGGGCUGCUGUGUCAUUUGCGCAUCGUCUACCCGUACCACAUCAAUCGCUACUGGCACAAGCUGAUGGCUAAUGGGACCUGGGGACGCUCGGAUGCGUUAGCUUACAAUUACGCUAGAAUCCUUCUCGGGGAGUGGGGUGGUGCAAGUGAUAUGAAGGCUUGCCCAGCUCGCCCUUCUUAG